AUCUAUACAUAUUUCACGAUAAAGUGUUCGUUCAUGUUCAGGAAGGUUUUGUUUCUGAGGCCCUAAUCAUUCUAGGUUUUAACAAGUCAACUUCUCGACUCGUCCUAAUUUGGGACACCCUACUGUGUAACUAAAUUCUGCUCUCUGUGGCUGCUGGCUGACUGACUGGCUCGGUUUGGAAGGGCGGGUUCCUGCUGCUUUGGUUUUUGCUGAUAUCGAUGAUGGUGAUGCGUGCGUGUGACUCUUCCUGGUAUCGUCGCACAUCCAUAUAAAUAGGUACCUAUCUACCUACCUACCCAAAGUGCAUACAUUGCUGCAUUGUGUGAGUUUGCAAAUCUGUGAAUGACGUCGUCGGGGGUGUUAGAGCCCGCUGGUAUAUGACCUGGAAAAGUUGCGUGGAAUUCUAGUGCAUGAUGUGGUUGGUGCCUGCUGCCGACGAGCCUUUGCAUAUUUAAUGUUGUGGUUCUGUGAUGGCUGCGGCGGUGUGUGACUCGCGGGACGGGGCCAUGCAAAAGCGAAACUGAUACGAUAAUGUGAAAAUUGUGUCGGCAAUGAAUAAUACGCGAAGCGCGGCGAUAAUGGGCGUGACGAAAGCAAUCAUUUUAAACUUUGGAAGUUGAAGAUUCGACUCGAUUGAUGAGCCCCCCACCCUUCGGACGGACCAACAAACCGAUUGAACGAGAAGAAAAAAAAAUCGAAAAGAAAUAUCGAAUCGCGCGCGCGGCUUCCGAUUGUGUGUGAUUCUCACAUGAUCGUCAUCAGCUCAGCUCAGCAGCGUUUCGUACAACCCCAAGAUCCGCCGGAGAAGCAGCAGCUGCUUCAGAUCCAAGAGGAAAAUUGUUGAUUUGUUGAAAUAAUUGUUUUAGAUUUAUAGGGAAGCCAAGCGUGGAAUGUGUUGCGUAUUGCGUGAAAUUAGUCAAUGAGUAAUAAUAUAGUUUAUGUGCGUGUUGGGUAGAGUGUAUCCGUAUAUUUCAAACCAGUACCACCAGAUCGGGAUCGAUUUACGAGUUCAUUAGUACCGGUUUCUGCAGUGUCUGGGUUCUGUUCCGAGAGUGAGCAAUAUUUUAAAUGAAGAGUGUGCGCGGGUGCAGUUUCUGCAGCAGGCAAUGAAGGGCACCAGUGUAAUAGCAAAAGCGGACGAUGCAGUAAGCUGGCACAGUGAAUAAAGUAAUGCCGGGGAGCUUCGGGAAGAAAGAAAAGCAUGUAAGGCCAGAUGUGAUCAGCCGGUUGGUCGUGAGUUAAUACAGAGCCAGAGUAGUGAAGUGGUGCGCAGUGAUGUGCGUUUGUUGAUUUACUUUGGGUUUACGUUAUCUGUUUUAGUCAUAAUUUGGUUCCACUCAGUGAAUGUUCGUAUUUGUGUAAGAGUAAAGUGUAGGAAGAUAAAAUAUCUUCGCAAAGAAGCGUAAGCAAAAAGAAAAAAAAAUAACCCAAAGAAAAAGAAGCAUACACACAUAUGCUAUAGCAUCAACCAACAACAAUCUUUGUGCCAAAUCUGAUAAACGAAGAGAAACAAGAAGCAUCAUCACACGCGAGCACGCGAUACUCAAAAAGCAAAAAAGUUCAUCAUGUCACUCGAUUCGAUGGGACCGUCUUCGGCCGUGGGAGGUGGCAGCACUGGCGGUGGUGUGGGAACACUGUCCGGCACCAGGAUGAUCCAUUCGCUCAGCACACCGUCCGGGGUGGACGGAAGCAUCUCGGCAUCGCACACCCGCGGCGGCAAGAAGCUGGCCGUGCGAAUCCAGAUGCUCGACGAUACCGUCACCAUGUUUCAGGUUCAGGCCAAAGCCCUCGGGAAGGUUCUAUUCGAGCAGGUCUGCCGGCAGCUGAACCUUCUGGAGGCGGACUACUUCGGACUGGAGUACCAGGAGGCACCGUCCGGCACCAAGUACUGGCUGGAUCUGGAGAAACCGCUGAACCGACAGGUCGGGCUUUCCCUAAUAGAACCGAUGCUGCGGUUUUGCGUCAAAUUCUACACUCCGGAUCCGCUCCAGCUGGAGGAGGAAUACACCCGGUACCUGUUCUGUUUGCAAAUCAAGCGGGAUUUGGCCACCGGGAGCUUACAGUGCAAUGACAACACCGCCGCCCUGAUGGCCAGCUAUAUUGUGCAAGCCUCCUGCGGUGACUACGCCCCGGAAGACUAUCCGGAUCACACCUAUUUGUCUUCGUACCGAUUUGUGCCACAGCAGGACCACACCAUGCAGCGGAGGAUCAUGGAAAACCAUAAAAAGCACAUAGGACAAUCACCGGCGGAAGCGGAUCUCAACCUGCUGGAGACGGCCCGACGGUGCGAGCUGUACGGGAUGAAGAUGCACCCGGCCAAAGACCACGAGGGGGUGCCGCUCAAUCUGGCUGUGGCCCACAUGGGCAUCGCCGUCUUCCAGGGCAUCACCCGGAUAAACACCUUCUCGUGGGCCAAAAUCCGCAAGAUCUCCUUCAAGCGGAAAAAGUUUCUCAUCAAGCUGCACCCGGAGAAUUACAUGUACCACAAAGACACGGUGGAGUUCUUCUUCGAGGGCCGGAACGAGUGCAAAAAUUUCUGGAAGAAAUGCGUGGAAAACCAUGGUUUCUUCCGUUGUUCGACUGUACAGAACGUGCAGAGGCGGAAAGCGCGGGUUUUGUCCAGGGGAAGUUCAUUCAGGUACAGCGGCAAAACACAGAAACAAAUCAUCGAAUUCGUUCGGGGCAAUUACGUGAAGCGGCAAACGUUCCAAAGGUCUCAGUCUUUCCGUCAGGGUCCUCUACAUUCAAGUAACCGAAGUCAAUCACGCACUUCAUGUAAUGUGAAUCAAAGCAUCUCGGCUCAUCCCUUACUUCCAAUCGAAACCGCGGAAUGGGAGCGUCGCAGUCAGAGCAACGCCUUGAGGACGCCUUCUCAGAUGAGGAAACCAGUGGAUACGGGGGAGGAUCACCGACCCGGCAGUCCUACCGGACUGGCCAAUCGUUCUCAGCUCACGGAAGCCCAGGUGGAGACCUAUCCGACGAGGACCUAUGCCCAAACGGGCCCCUCGGCGGGCCCAAUGGGUACAUCCUCGGUGGUGGACCACCAUCAGGGGGGCCACCUCCAGCAGGAUUCGAGCCGCUCGGUGUCCCCGGGGGGCACCUGGAGUUCGCCAUACCACCCCAGCAACAGCAGCCAUGUGCGAGAAGCCGAUCGGGUUCGUGUACGUCAAGACGGUCUCAGUUCCGGUCUGAGCCACCACCACUAUGCCACUAUGUCCCCCAGUUACAUUCAUCGCAGCCACAAAUAUACCACGCAGCCGCAGCAGCGUCGGGCCUCAGCAGGGCCACUGGGCCAACCGGGGGAUCGCAGCAGUUCUAUGGGGGAGACAACGGUCUCCUCCACCAGCCGGGAGAGUGUUUUGUCGCCAGCGGACAUUCGCACCAGACGCUCUUCGGCAAUCCAGCCUCAGCCGGGAGCCAGCAGCUCUCAAUCCCACAAUGCCACACUAGUCCGUUAUAACAAUACGAGUACCUAUUCGAUGUCUAAGUCGGUCAGUACCGGAACCGACCUGUCGGACGAUAUUGCCGAUAACAUUAUCUACUCGGACAUUAACGAUCUCUACCGUCGCAAGCAACGUACCGGACAGGUUUCUGUCGGUAACGCUGCUCUCAUGAAUGGGAACGUUAGUGCUCCGGAAGACGAAGACGAAAUCAUGGAUGAGGUCAUCGACGAGAAUGCUAUCCGCCAAACGUACGUAGAUGACGAUGAAGAUGAAGAUGAAAUCGACAUCCGCUACGCUACGGCCACCCAAAUCAGAGCCAUGACAACCGGUGGAGGAAGCAUUCCGGCCGCAUCCAAUGUUUCGAUUCCCAAUGUUAAAAGCAAUACCGUCGUCAGUGACGACCUCUACGCUACGGUCAAUCGUAAAAGCAAAACCAAUAAACAACACCUACAAAUUCUGCAGCAGCAACAACAAUCACAACCAAUACAAACUACCACUACGCAUCUAACCGGUAAACACUUUAGUGAUGAGUUCAUAGACGAUAGCAUUAGAAAUUACAAUAGCCAUACCAAUAUAAGUACUAAUGUAAACGCCUCCAGCUCGGGCCAUUUAAACAUGGCCAACGGUGAACUGUAUCCAAGAUCUUCAACCCAUUUUGACGACUAUUAUGGCGGCAACAGGUAUUCCGACACGUCGGACUACUUCAGUCAUAGCCAACCGCACUACUCCCAUUCGCCAAACUCGCACUCGCUAGCCACGACCAUAACGCACAAAAAUGGACUCACCGACGAUGACGAACGCUACUCUUCAUCCCAUCCUCCCCCAAUCCAUCCAAGAACCUCUCAAUCCCUUCCUCGAAAUUCCGAACUGUCUAAAAUCGAUUCCCUAGACUCUUCCUAUAGCGGAGGUGGCACUGAUAGCCACUUUGUUGGUCAUCACUCGCUGAACAACCUCCCGAAUUCCUCCAAAGUCACCAGCGACUAUCUCCACUACUCAUCCCUCCUACAGAAAGCCGACGACGGGAUGAACAGCAAAAAGACUUCCUCCGAACGGCUAGAGUAUGAGCUAUCCAAUGCAAACCUCUACUCCACCGUUCAAUACAAAGCCGGCUACGAUGACCAAGACGACUACGACGAAGACUACAUCCAAGGCUAUCCAAACACGGUGAAUGGCGUUGGGAGAGACGACUGGCAGCGAAGUACCUCGUGCAAAGAGCUGUACGACUACAAUUACGGUGGAGAAAGGCCCGACUUCACACUGCUAGAGCGGGAAUUCCUCACGUCCGAUCGUAUCGACAGCCCCGUCACACGGUAUGACGACUCGCGGCACUCGAUGUACGUUCAGAAAAAUCACUCCAUGGUUGUCAGUCAGGAAUUCUUGGCCACCGAGGGGAAGGUAUACUCCUCCAGUUAUCCAGGUACGACCUACAAUACCAUCGAUCAUAACAGCUACAAACGCCAUCAAGGACAGUACUACUCGAAUUUCGAGUACGGAUCCCAGGAUGACAUUUCUCACGACAGCUACGAGCUACUGGAGAAAUCCGAUGACGAUAUCUACUACAAGGUGAACGCUCAAUCGGAGCCGCAUACACGAUCGUGCUCACUUGACUCGGGCAACUACAUUCCAACUGAUGAUGAGAGCUAUUCAGAACAUCACUCGCAUCACUUAUCACGAUUUGCUAAGUACCGAAGCAGCUUGGAGAGUAAGUCCAAAAGCACUGCGGACAUUGACGACAUGGAGGAUAUCUUCAUGAUGGAAGACCCCAGAGAUCUCCCUAAAGAGAAGCUCUGCGUCAAAUCAGAUGGUAAUUUCUACAAACAAAUCAAGAAAUCGCUGGGAUCGAGGACGUCCAGUCCAGAAUCGCGUAGCGAAUGCUAUGAUCCCAAACUAUCGAAGAGCAGCGACUCCAGUAAGAAGUCCAAAGACAGCGUCUACCACACCGACAGCAAUAAGAAGUCUCGAGAAACGUUGAAGAGUAAGUCCGGCUCCGGAUUCAACUCGCGCACUUCCAGUCAAGAUUCUCGAGACUCCUUCGGAAUGGACAUACUGCUCACCAAGAACUACGAAAUGCCCACAACGACCAGUAAGAAAGCUAAAUACCUUAGCAAACGAUUCGACAGUAGUUCGCGGAAUUCCAGCCAGGAUUCCAAGAGCGACUACUACGACGCCAAUGAACAACCGAUCGAGCUAGAAGAUCUGGAAUCGGAUGAGAUUUAUUCACGACCCAAGGUGCAUUCUCACGAACACAUUCCCGGUGAAGUAGGAAUACCCGCCAAAGGCGCCGCCUCAUCUGGCUUCUACGAUAAUCAAAUCUAUUCGUCAACGUUCCCCAGCGCUCAAUCAAAGCCUCCGGUCAAAGCGACCUCCCACGUAACUUCCAUCUCUCUGCAAAACGUCGAACUCGAUCGCAACGCGCGAAGCUACUCCGCCUACAAAUCACCCGAACCGGUACUGCCUCAAGCGAUGCCAAAACCAAUUGAGAAGCAACCUCCGAAGGCGACUCACAUCUGGCCGGAAGAGAUCGAAGGCCUACCGACGACCAUCAGCCAGAGCAGCACCGACAUCCAAAGGAAUGAUCGUACCCGAGCGUUCCGCAAGAAGUCCGACAGCGAAAACAUAUUCAGCUUCGACAAAGAGAAAAUAGAAUCUCUGACGAGCAGUAUGAACGACGAGACGCCCACUACGGCCAUUUUGGUGGAAACCAAAGCCAAAACAAGUCCGGAUUACCCACUCACUCCGGAGCUAUUGUCCGAGUUCGAUAAGCAAAAGAUCGAAUCUCCGCACGCCCUUCCAAAGCAAACCCGCAAGGAAGAGCUGAUGGCAAAGACUCACUUCGAAGAAUACAACCCGAAACUGAUCAUGGACACGCCCAUCCCGGGAGUCCUCACCUACACUCACGCGACGGUCGAAAGAACCAAAUCGGACCCCAACUCGUUGGCAAAUCGGCCUCGCCUAGGACCAAAUUCGCGGCGGCAUACACUCAUGCACCAAAAGUCCAUUGAUCUGACUCCAGCGGAUUCCAGUGAAGAGGAAUAUCUCUACAAGCAGAUCCCCAGUGCUCCACCGCUGUGCAAGUCCCAUGGUAGUCAUUUUGAAAUACCCCAAACAUACGAUAUGAAUAUUCCAACCGUUGAGCUACCCUUGAAUGGGUUCGAAGUACCGAAAAGCUUCUUCAAAGAGUAUGAUCGAAGAACGCACAAGGUACUGAAGGAUGACAUUCCGUAUGUCCUGCACAAACGCCACGUAAUGAACGGAACCGCUCCAUCUCCGUCACAGGAGAAGCAGCAUCGAUAUCCGAAACCGAAGAGUCCCAAGUCACCCAAAAGCCCCAAAUCUCCCAAGUCUCCAAAGUCCCCCAAGAUUGAAAUCCGAGAUGCUGCGACUCAGAAGGAAAACACUCUGCGUGUCCAAGAUGACUACGAAAUAGAACCGGGUGACGGCGGACAAGGUUUUCUGUUCACGCAAAACAUCGACCUUUCGAAAGUUGAUCCCGUAACGCUCGAGGUAGACAAGUCAUCGCAAACUAUCCAGCUCACUAGCCCGAAACGCGACAUCACCAAGAAAAUGGAUCCCCUCCUGCUGGAGCAGCUGAGCAACAAGCUCAGCCAGAUUGAGAGUGAUUCGGCAACGAGCUCUCGCACGGAUAGUAAUCAACAUAAGAAACUUGAGCCAAAACCAGUCGAACUUCCGUAUCUGAUCGAGAAGAAGAACAUAGAGUUGACUGUCCCGAAACGAGUCGCCAAACCUCGAAUGGCUCCGGUGAAGACGAAGCCUGGCAAAGGCAAGAAAAACGCCAAGACCCGAAUCACGUCCUUUUCGUCUGACGACGAAAGCCUCGACUCGGACGACGUGUUUGGCUCGGCGGAAGCCAUGCCAACUAAGUUGGAGUUUUCACCGCCACAGUCGAGAAAGGAGAUCGAACCAAUCUUGAAACAUGAAUCCAGCAAGAUGGCCUCGAAUGCUUGGGCUCGUGGCCAGACUAUGAGUUCCACGGAGAUUGAGGGUUCCCCACCACAAUGCAGGAAGCUUGCUGAACUUGAAAGUCGAUACAAUACGGGAUCGAACCUCAACGCUCACCAGAUGACCAGUACAGAGCUCCGGAGAAUCUCGGAACGCUCAUUCUCGAUUCCCAGCUCGGAGGAUGAAGCUAAGAAAGAGGAAUCUACCAAAGCAUACCAUAUGAUGGAGAAGAUCCCAUCGCCUAUUGUCGAAACCAACGAAAUUCACCGCACCGACGAUGAAGUGUACGAAACCGCCCGAGAAGACAACAUGGGGUUCAUGAAAACCUUGAAGAAAGACGUGGGUAGAAAGUUCAAAGAAGACCUUCAAGCUUUGCCCGUACCGAAGGGCGAGUCCAAACUGUCUCCAUCUCGUACGAAGCUGAUCGAAGAAAUGAUUGACUCAUCGAUCGUGAUGCGAUCGAAAGGUCACGCGCCCAUUUUGUUCGCUCAUGCUCGCCUCAAUCUCAGCGAGGGAUCAGCUUUUGCCUCACUUCAAAGACAGAAGGCCACUCAAGAUUCGCCAACAUCGGGUCGUCGAGCCAAAAGCUUGGACACCCCUGUUAUUUCCUUGCACAAACUUCCGCCGAUGAAUGCAUUUUCAUCGAAAGAUGACACUGUGGGCUAUGACGAGGAAGCGGAAGUCUUGGAAGUAAAACCUCUACAAAAGAAGGAGCAGGUAAUUGAAGAAGAACAGGACGAAUCAGUACAUUCGUGUGCCGAUGCGAUUGUUGUCACCGAUAAGAAAGCAUCACGACAAACGUCUACCAUCGAUGAAGAGGUAAAGAUGGUUCAAAUAGACGACGACGAGUUAGAGCUGCUGGAUAGGCUCAAGUAUAUAGAAAAGAUAGAACUACAGGGAGUUAAGAUAAAGGAGAAGCGUAAAACAAAAACUAAACUGAAAAGUGGAGACCAACUGAUUCUUGAGAUCCCCAGAUACAAGUUUGAGCCAUUCAGUUCGGGAAACAGCUCACUCAAAACGUCACCAGCAAUCAGCCGUGCAAGCAGUGUCGAGAGCACUGGCAAGGCUCGACAGAAAACUGACAGCGGUACACAAACCCCGACAGGAGGUCAGACGGCGAUCAAACAGAAGUGCAAAUCAACUAGUCCCAAAGGAUCGGAGAAAAUACCGCAACCGAAACGACGGGCUUCAGACGAAGUGAAGAAAACUUCUCCUAACGACAUUCUCCGUACUAAGAGUCAAGAAACGUUAGGGAAAAAAUCAAACGGUAAGGAGAAAUCAAAAUCCCUGGAGAAAAUGGAGCUAAAACGGUUGGGCAGCAAAGAAAAGAAGUCGAUCGAGGAAAGUGAGUUGGAACGAGCACGACGUAAGGAACGCCAACAGAAGCUCUAUGAGUCCGCCAUGAAACAAACCAUCAAUCUCUUGAGUCCGGUUAAAGAUCAGUUGCCUCAAUUUCCAGCUCCGGAAGAUAAGAUAUCGGUGAAAACUGAAGGUGAUAAGAUCAUCAUUGACGCAGAAGUGAAAUCUAAACCUGAGGAUCUUGUGUUCAUUGCCAAGGCCCCUCGAAAGCUGGACAGUUCGUUAGCAAAGAUUAGUCGUAGUUUUGAGGAUCAGAAGAGCGUAGAAAAACUGGAUAAGGCCAGUCGUAGCUUUGAUGACCGUGGCAAGUCGUUCGAUGACCACUCGGAUCGUUCGGAACACGGAAAUGCCGACGAUAGCAGUAGUAUUGUAUUGAAAUCCCCUACGAAACUGUCGAAGAGCCAGGAACUGAAACAACAAAUCGAAGGCUCAGUUGUGCAUAAGAAAAUGGAAGGAAAGUCUAAAAGCUUGGAGAAGAAAACGGAGCCGCAGUACUUGGAUAUUGAGUACAAGACACGAAGUCUCGAUCAGAACUACAUAGACAACUACGUGGAUACUACUUCACCAGAUUCGGAAGGUCAAACCCAUACGAGAAGACAGGAGGUUGUAAAAGUGGAUGUACACCGUUCGAAGGUUGAACCAGAACCGGAGAAGAAACGAGGUAGAAGAUCUACAGACAGCGAUAGCAAGUCGGAGGAUCGUUCACGUUUCGAUAAGGGUAAAAGUCUGGACGCUAACUUGGGCAACGGAAAGGAUAAAGCUCCAGCUAUUGAACGCCGUUCUCAGUCGCAACCGGAAGAAUUUACCGGAGAACUGGACAUGCAGGAUAUUAUUUCGGAGCGACGAACACUGGAUCUCAUGAAGAGGCGUUCGGAGGAAAAGACUUUCGAUUCGACCAGUACACUGACAGAUAACGAUGAUCGUAAACCAUCCAAAGUGGGAAGUGAGGAGUCAUUGACAGAAGUAAGCGAAAUCAGAGACCAGAAGGAUUGCUAUUUGCCGUGUCGUGUCCCAACAAUUGAAUACGAAGAGCCAUCUAUCGAGGAGGAACUGGAAGAUGAGGAGGAGAUAGUGAAACGUCCAGAUAAGAAGGAGAUCAUGGGGAAACUCAACUUGGAGAGAAGCCGAAGUGACGAAACGACGUCUUGGGUUACAAUUGGUAGUGAGGAAUACACAGGAACUGAUGGAACAGGUCAGCAGGAAAUUGAAGAUUUAACAGGUGGACGAAAAAUUGAAAGCCAAGCAACGUUCGAAGACAUUAGGGAUAUUACCAUGCCAGAAUCAGAAGUUUCGACCUCGGAUAUUACCGUCAUACAGACUAAGAAAAUUGUUUCUGAAAAAUCUUUCGAUCGACCGUUGCCACAGAUUCCGGAAAAGAAAAAGAAAGAUAAAUCCCCAACAAAAGAAGAGCCCAAACCCAUGCCUGAUGAAACUGAGGGAAAACAAGCAUCAGAACGCAGAGGAGACUUCUUGCGACUUUCGAUAGAACGCUCCCGUAGUUCGGACACGGGAUCGAGUCGUGAGAACGAAAAUAGUCCCGUUCGACAAGAUUCCAGUACUCCUCGUGGAAAAGGUUCAUUGGAUGAGGAAUCCAGUGUGAGCUGUUCGAUUGCAAGGCCUCUAGGAAUAUCACAAGAUAUGGACUCGAUGGAUCACAUCAAAUGCAACGAAUUGAGGGACGCAAUGCUAAAGAUGGAAGAAACAGAAGAAGUCAAGACCCCUACCAAAAAAUUUUCACCCACGUUGGAAAAACAAUGUCCCGUAGAUCUUGGAUCUGGAUCAGAACUAGACGUUGAUACUGUGGAAGAUCGUAUCGCUAGAAUUUUACAACGAGAAGAAAGUGAAUCCAGCUCCGACAACGGCACCACUCAAAAGCCAAAGGUAGUUAAACCUGUUCGCACUACCUUGAUGCAUAAGAAGGUCUGUCGAACAGCUCAACCGAAUGAGAAACAACAACAGCAGACAACUGCUGAAUUGAAGACUGGAACAUUGAAGCUUCUGAGCGCCAACGGAGACAGAAGUUCCCUAGAAUCAAAAUCGAGUCUCGAGUCGAAGGGAUCUAUGGGAUCGUUUGAAACAGAAAGCAGCUCUGGUUCUUUGGGAGCGGCUCAACGGAAAGGUGACCUAGGACAAAAGGAAGCCAUCUCGACGUGGAAACCAUUCCCCAUUGAAAGCUCAGGAAGCUCCAGUGUUGAAGAGAAUUGGCUUCCGCCGGAUCAGGAGAGUUACGAGAGUUUCGAUAUAGCUACUGAAACAAUUGAAUUACAACGGGUUGCUCCUCCCGAGCAGAAAGAAUCCUCGCCAGAUGAGCAAAAGGAGAGUGAUUCGGACUUCCAGGACGAACUUAACGACUUUCCGGCAACCUUUGGAUACCCGGAGAUGACGUCUUCUCUGGGUAUCGCUAUGAAUCCGGUAGAUAUUCUGAACUACGGAACAGGGUUCACCAUUGGUCGGACGCUCUCCAGGAUUUCUGAGCGAAGCACUAAUUCGGAAAAAUCCAGUGCAGAAGACAACGAAGCGGAAAAGUCCAGCCUUGAAGAUUUGAGUGUUCAUGACGAGUCGGCAAUUUCGAGUGAACAUCAGGCAAGUCUCAGCUCUGACUUGCAUUCCAACUCGAAUCCAGCGUACAUAUCCGAUGCUGAUCGUCGGACGUCUGCCGAAAUGCCGGACAUUCCGUGUGAUUCUGCCGCAGCUGAACGGUUGUCGGAGAUUUAUCAGAACAACGUCGUUAAAAAUGGUCGAUUCACUGUGUCACAAGUAUCCGACAAAAGGCCCAAAGAGGAAGUAAAACCCAUUUUGCAAUGCAUGUCUGCCGGUGGAAGUCAAGACUCAGAAGAUUGGCCUUUGCCGGAGAUACCUUACGACAAUACUCCGAUUGAGAGGUAUGACCCCAACUUUAUUCCACCCUAUCCGGAUAAACCUUAUCCUCGACAGCAAUGGGCAGGGUCAGCUGCUACAGGUCAAUCGCAGGAGUCAGAUCAUUGGCCUACGCCUCCGUCGAGCAUGCUGGAUACUCCAAUUGUGGAAAAUGUUCAAACAUUCCGCGUUUGUGAAGCUCAACAUCCUACCCAGGUGAUGGUCGAAUCGUAUACUGAACCCACCGGAGACGAAGACUCCGAUCCGGACUAUGCUGAAGUACCCGAUGAGGCUCCAGAACCUCCAAAACGGGACUAUAGUCUUGCAAACGUAUCGAACGCCAAAGGACCCCCUUCGCUAUCAAUGGUUGUUCCUUAUGAAAAUACGGCCUACCUUAUUUCAACAACGAAUGAACCUGUGACCUACGAAGGUCAUGAAACGAAUACUUGCCUGAGUAGCGCUCUAGGUCCAACGAGUUGUCUACGCACGACCUUCGAUGCCUGUUCUAGUCAGAAGUCUUUCACGAACCAAGGGUUGGGGAAGGAUUCGAGCCCUGACAAAGUCAUUAUAUCGCAACCAACGAAAUCUCCGCAGAACUUGAGUCCCAUCACGGACGAUGACUUCUUCUUGAAUGAUGAGGUGUUUGGUCCAGGAACGGUCAAGAUCGAAAUAUCCCCUGACGAUAGUAAACCUCUAUCGGACUUCACGGUUCAGCAAAAGUUUUCGCGAAGUUCGAACAACUCGGAUACUUCCAUCGACGAUCUACUGUCGACUUCAUGUGGAACUUACAUGGAAGAUACGGUGCGACGUAACUUGGAACCUCGACGUCUAAGCAACGAAUCAUGCAAGAAGUGUAGUCAUAGCAGCCAUUCGGAAGAGGAAACCAGUUCCUUCGGAACCGAUCUCGAUGGCACAGUUAAAAUGGGUUUACAGCAGAAACGGUGUACCCACAGUUCACAUUCGGAGGAUACUUCAAUUGGUCUUAGCAUCUCUGAGUGGUCCACUGGUACCAACACAGUUAGGCAGUAUGCGAACCUAUCCGGAUCGGACAGUCUGUCGGCGGUGUCAGAUCAUUCUAGGAAUGCUAAGAGCGAGAAAUCCGGUCAUACUAAGAGUAGCGUUAGUUCGAUUCAUAAGUCUACGGAGUCGUUGGAUGAGAAGAGUGGAAGUUUAUCGAGCAGCAAUAAUAAGCGAUUUUCGUUGGAGAAUAUUUCGGAUGGACCCAAGUAUGAACCAUUCAGUAACUCUACGGAUACGGAUAAGUUCUCGUCCGGAACUAAAAGCGAUGAUACCACACUAACGUUAACAGAAAUGGCCCAGACUAUUACGGAGUGGUCAACAAGUAGUAGCAAUACACUGAUAGCACAGGCCGAUGCCUUGAAACAUAUUGAAGCUAGAGGUGAUAGACCAAUGACCAGAACUACGUUUCAAUACGUGCCGCUGAAGCCACCGAAAGUGAUUAAGAAACCAGCUUUGGACGAGAAGAAUACCCUACCAACAGUUCAUGGCAAGCCAAAAUUGAAAACAGUUACAGCCUCCGAUGUGUGUAGUUCGCAAGUAGUUGCAAAGCCACCUCCUCCGGAUCUUAUUCCAAAAACUAUAGAAAGGCCUUUAAGAAUCCCACCCAAAAUAGUAGAUAUGAUCGAGAAGUCUCCCAAAAAAUCAGUUGCCCAACCACUUCCAAUUCAGCAACAACCUUUACCACUGGCAUCAGGGUUAUCCUUGGAAGAUUUGCCAUCUCUUCCAUCCAACAUUGAUCCUGGGCCUGGGCAUUCCACAAACAAGCGUCGAACGCUAGAGUUGAUGUCCCAACGUUACGUAAGCCAGGAUAUCUCUGAAUCUGAACCUUUCAGUGAAAAGCUCUACAGUCAACAGGACAAACAUGCCGAACGAUACCAAAGCCAAGAAUUUACAACCUUUACUCCUCCGCAGAAACCGCCCCGAGGCGAUUCUCUACCCAGUAAUGCUUCAGUACCCAUGGUCGAGAAGCCACUUGCCAAGCAUCACAGCUACGACGACAAGACCCUGUCAAAGUCACAAAUCCGCGAGUACAAAUCCUCAAAAAUGCGACACAGCCAAUCAUUCCACGAGCACCUGGUUUCUUCCGAUCUGAACAAAAUCGUUGAAGAAAACAUGGGCAGCUCGUCGACCACGACUACUCACAGUAGUGAAGCUACAGCUAGCACGGACAACUCUUCUCCAAUGUUUCCUCGACCGGAGAAGUUGAUCCGCUGUUCGCCGUAUUAUUCCAGCAGUCUGAGCUCUGAAUCGCCGCCGAUACAACCAAUGACACAACCGCCGGUACAAAAACCUCCUCGUAAGACUUCGUUGCCUCGGAGUAUGGCUCCCAAGAGUCCUCCCAGUGGCAACGAUACGGACAGUUCUCUAGAUCUACGGCAACAAGAUCCCAAGCUUCGUUCUCGAGGUUAUCGGAAGAAACGUACGGUUCCCUUGAAGAAGACUCGUCUUGAUAACCGACCUCUGGAACAUCAGGAGAGUUCGGAGUGUUCCGAAGGAUACUUUCCGGAAAUCGAGUCUGGCAGCUCGGAUGUUAUCGAGCAUCAGUACCAUCGUUAUCCGGACUUUGAAGAAGAGCUAGAACAGUUGCCUGAAGACUACGAAGAUGAAACAUACCGCGUGGAAGACGAACGGGAUAGCAAGAACGGUGGAGGGGUGUAUCCGAGUGCGUCGUACUCCAACAAGUUUGAAGGCUUGGACAUGACGGAGAACGUGGACGAAAUGGGAUUUCCAAGAUACGACCGACUAGGUCACAUCACGAAUCCCAACUUAUACAAGUCGGAUACGCCCUCGCCACCGGUGAAACCGCUUAGACAAAGGAAACGACAGGUCAAGCGCGAUGAAGUGGACACGGAGUACGCCGGAGUACAGUACACUCCGGAGAGUGGCAGUUGUUCGGAGACGAAGGCAGGCCUAUCCGACGACGUGUGUUACUCAAGCGAGGACAGCUUCGCAGCCGCCUAUCAGCAUGCAUUGAUCGGUGGUGCUCGCUAUCAGAAGAACGUCGAAAUACCGUACCCGGACUUUUUGUCCGACUAUGAAAACGAAUCGUCUUCUGCGUGUUCGUAUGCCCGCCGUAUGGAACACGAUCGAAGACGGUACGUAGAGAAGGAACACGGCAGUGGAAGCGUGCCGAGCUAUCCGGAAUCGGACAAAAGCGCAGAAGGUAGUUUGGGAUUCGACCUCAAAGCAUUGCCACCUCCGAUGUUUGACGAAGAACAAGAGGAGCAGGAGGAGGAAGAUAACGAGAUGGAAGACAACGCCAUCUAAGUGUGAGGGUUUGAGCGAAGACUGAGUAAAGUAUAAAUCGAUACCAAAAAAACGUGCGGAGCAAACGAACGAAGCAGAUGUCGCUGCACAGUCAACGAUGUGUGAGAAGAGCCUAACCUGGAUGCACAGCGACAUCUAUUAGUGAGAUUUUAUACUAACCGUCGUCGGGUGUCCGGUAUCUAUAUUACGAGGGUCGUUUUAAACACUAAAUACUCAAGCUAUAUGUCGUUAGAUGAUGGGUUGAAGAUUUUAAUAUGCAAAUACGGAUAAGCAGUUAUCGAUGGAUGAUAUGAUUAUAUACAUAUAUUCUAGCUGUUACUUCAGUCUAAUCAAAGUUUAACAACAUUAUACAUAAACUGUAAACCUAGUCUCAAGUAAGAAGAAGCAUUUAUUAUAUAGAGUAAAUUGUAAAAAUAACCGCAGGUUUAGCAGAACCUUGAAUGUAGCUCAUUUUUAUGCCUUUUUGGGUUGUUUAUGAUUCAAGCAGCUCUACUUCUGAGAUGGGUGCGUUUUGUUCAAAUUCAGAACCAGAAAAUUGUAUUGUUAAGUAUCAAAUUGGCUAUGGGCUUUGACUCUACAAGCUCACAAAUACCACCGCCCUAGUGUAAGUUUUGUACCGUUUAGCGUUUAGUUUAUGCCACCAGUCAGUUAAUUGUGUGUGAAUUUAAUUUCAAAUUGAAAUUUAGUUGAUAGUAGCAAUUGGUGCAUGUUUCAUUUUGACAUUAGUGCACGGCUAUUAUUUUAUUUAAGUAAUGUUGAUCCCAGUAAACCGUGCAUUAUCUACACUUCACUCCUCGCCUACUGUCAGAGCGAGUAUUCUACAUUAGUAAUUAGUAUAGUAUAGGUAAAGUAUUCCAACAAAAGCAUGCUAAACAAUUGUUAUAUUCUCACCUAAAAUACAUUUAAAAAGAAGUAAGAAAUACAUUUAGAAAAAGAUUUUAGAUACUUUACCUAGAAAAACGUGACGCAUGAAAACCAAAUGAUUGCGAUUAAGAAGGGUAUCGAAAUGGGUGUUGACGGAAAAAGAAAGGACGUCUCAAAAUGUCUAUAGUUGUGAUUGUUGUUAAGUGAACCAACCGGUAUUUGUAAUUCAAUUCAGAUGACUCUAUAGCUUCAAAACCUCGACCAUGCUCGUACAGGACGAAACGCGUAAUAUAUCGAACUGUUUGUUAAUUGGUUGUCUCAAGAAGGUUAUAUCGAUAGGAAAUAAACAAAAAGUGCAUAGCAAGGAAAUCACUUACAUUGCUUUCCGGAAAAGUGAUAACUGUGUGUCAAAUCGUAACUGUCAAGCCAAAUUUAAUCAAAGCAAGCCUACGCGAUAGGUGUUUCUGUUUCCAUGGAAAUUUUGUGAUGGUCUAACCACUUCUUCCGGUGUACCUUUAACCUGAAACCUGUUUGGUCAAUCUGAAAUGUUUUUUCUACAGUUCAAUUCGUUCGAAUUUAUUGACAGCAAUUUUAUCGAUACUAGAACAUUUUUGAUUAAUAAAUACCAUCGUACGAGUAAAGUUUACAUUACAGUUUAAGCAAGCAAAUAAAGAUAUAAGAUAUUUUAUAACGAAUUUUUGUCUUUUGAGAUUAUUUAAUCGAGUGAUAUCGAUAAGUAAUAUAUCCAUUAAAAUUAUCCAUUUGAAACAGAUAAAGUACUAAACGAUAUAGUUUAUUAUAGUAAUGUUGUUUAUUGGAAACAAAGGAUCCAAAUAUAUUGCAAAAUAACUGAAACUGAAAAGACACGUAUGCAAGCCAAUAAGAUUCUAUAGUUCAGAGUAGCUGAAUAGUAAUCGAAGAAUUCAAAAAAUGAUUGAUUUGUGUGGAAUUUCUAUGUUGCAGAAAAAAAGAAUGACUAAAUGCCAAACCAAGCGAAGAAAUGUAUCACCAAUUCAUCUCUUUCUAUCACCUUUUAAAUUCGACUCUCAAGCCACAACAAAAGCCAACCGAGAACAAUUACUAACUAAGUAGCAGUAACUAGCAGCGGUAACCCAAGUACGCAGUUCCAAACAUAGAACAUGAUCCAAUGUCUGUCAAACUA